GUUUUUGUUGUUGAAUUCUAAGUUACAAGUCGUUUAGGCUCUCUUUCUCGUUUCCCUUUCUCUCUCAUAACUCAUUCUCUCCCUCUCUCUCUCUUUCACCAUUUUCCUCUGCAACUUUCUGUCCGUACAAAUGGCGAAUUGAUCCAUCCAAGGCCAUUUAAUAGUUUUCCAGGAAGAGAGUAAUAUCAAACCGUUACAUUUCAGAUACAAUACCCAUUCUUUUCAAUACCUUAAUGGACAAAAUGCUUGUGCCGCCGUGGCUCGAGCCAUUGCUAACGACGUCGUUUUUCACUGUUUGCCGCACUCACGGCGACGCCGCCAGAAGCGAAUGUAACAUGUACUGUCUGGAUUGCAACAACGGCGGCGGCGGCGGAGGCGGAGGCGGAGGCGGCGCCACUGCGUUUUGCUUCUACUGCCGCUCCUCCCGGCAUAAAGAUCAUCAAGUCAUUCAGAUUAGGCGAUCUUCGUAUCACGAUGUGGUGAGAGUGUCUGAGAUUCAGAAAGUGUUGGAUAUAAGUGGGGUUCAGACGUAUGUGAUAAACAGUGCGAGGGUUUUGUUCCUCAACGAGAGACCCCAGCCUAAGACCGGUAAGGGCGUCGCUCACAUUUGUGAAAUCUGUGGGAGGAGCCUACUGGACCCGUUUCGAUUUUGUUCACUUGGUUGCAAGCUUGUGGGAAUAAAGAGAAAUGGUGAUGCAAACUUUACUUUAGAGGGAAAGAAUGAAGAGGAAAUGGGAAGAAGAGAAGGGAUAUCGUCAAGAAGAGGGUUAUUAAGGGAAGAAGAUGAGUUGCGUGAAGGCUCACAUCAAGACAUUUAUCCCCCCACGCCUUCUCCACCUCCUUCUAGUGCAAGAAGAAGAAAAGGCAUACCUCAUAGGGCUCCAUUUGGGUCCUAAUUAUUCAUUCCUUUCAACCUUAUUAUAUAAAAUUUAUAUAAAUAUAAAUAUAUAUUUUUUUAAUUUCAAGAAAAAAGAAAGAGGAAAAAAAAAUACCUCACCACCCCCACCAUUUCGGUGUCUUUGUCCUAAAAAGCAAGCCAAGAAACAAAAGGGUAUGGAAGAAAGUUCUUCCUUUUAGGUUUUGGGUCCCAUAAUUCAACAAAAUUCUCUCUUGUGAAGGAUGCAAUAAUGGAGAAUUGUUAUUGAUAAUUGCAAGGUGUACAUGUCAUUAAGAAAUUAAAAAGCAAGUCUUUGUGGA